UGUAUGAUCACAGCUCCAGUCACCAUGAUCCUGUCCUCUCAGCAGGACGCCUCCUUCGCCUUUGCCUCCUUGGCCAUCGUGUUCUCGGUCUACAUCACCCUGGUGGUCCUGUUUGUCCCCAAGAUGCGGCGUCUGAUCACGCGGGGGGAGUGGCAGUCAGACGGUCAGGAGACCAUUAAGACCGGCUCGUCCACCAACAACAACGACGAGGAGAAGUCCAGACAGCUGGAGAGAGAGAACAAGGAGCUCCAGAAGAUCAUCCAGGAGAAAGAAGAGCGUGUCUCUGAGCUGAGGAACCAGCUGACUGAGCGACAGGCCCUGCGCUCCAGGAGAAGAGCUUCCUCUGUCACCUAUCAGAACCACAGCUCUCCGGCCCUCGCCAUUCACCAGAGCGACCCAAGGUCCUUAGCCCCUCCUCCAGGGUACCCCGUCCCCAUCUCUGACCUCCAUCCCAUCCCUUCGUCCUUCGGAAACUCGUCCAGCCUCUACCAGCCAGACAGCAAAAUCAGCCGAAAUAACUGCCACGCCAGCCGGCUGCAGCUGCUGUACAAGUGAGGGGGGGGGGGCAUUGGAGGGAUGAGGACAGUAAGGACUUUCACAGUUACAUGGAGAUAGAUAAAAUGGUGCAGGAAGAACAGAUACAACAACAUCUGUAUCUGUUGGAGGGGCUGAAUCCAUUCCACCAAUCAGCCGGGGCCGGAGGAUCACCAGUUUUCGUGAUCAAUAUUAAAAAAAUAUAUAUAUCAUAAAAAAAAUGUACAUACCGUCUUUUGAAUCUAAUCUGCCAGUGAUGUUUAACGUGCCAUCUAGGGUUUGAGAAACUUGAAAUGAAACUUUGUGAAGCCCUGAUCCCCUUGGCUACAGUUACUAACUGUCAAACGUUCAAUUGGUACACUGCACAUGAAGAAGUUUACAAUGAUGGCAGAUUUAACGAUCUGAAUUUCGGUCAUCAUUUAAACAAAACGAUUACAUUAAUGAAUCUGAAAGCAUCUUGGCAUUUUUGGCAACUGUUGAUCAUGUUGGCUGAAAUCCCAACUGUAAAAUGGAUUUACUUUAUUUUAAUGCUAAUCAGAUCCAUUCAUUUAUUGGAAUUGAAAAGUGACUCUUAAAAUGAGAACCCUUUGGUAUUGACAUGAUGGAUGCAUGCAUGAUAUUGAAUUUAGUCUGAGACUAAAUGAAAAGUUAACAUCAUUAGUAUAGACUAUUUUAAUAUGUUGUUCAUAUUUUUGAAAAAUUAUGUUUUACUUUUACAAAUAAAAAGACUUUGAGGAUGAAAACAACCAAUGACUUUGACAAAGUAAGAUUGAGCAUAAAGCUGAAGUGUAAACCUCUUCAAAUCCAAUGAAGAGCACAUGGUAGCUGCUAAGAUUAGCACUCUCAUACUUGCAUCUAGGCCUAGCUCUUACAAACAGGAAGUCCUUGGACAGAACAGGACUUUUAAUGUAAGUUUUUAAGCCUCAAAACAAUUAUGUUAACAAAUAAACUCUUGGCCUUGGACAUUAUGCUAGGUUACAUCUGAAUGCAGUAAGCUAGUUAGCCAAACCUUGCACUUUGUAAACAUGCUAGCUCUUAUAUGUUACUUACAGUGACGUUAGUAUUGCCAUAUGUACAGUUUGUUUCUUGUUACUGGUUUGUAUAGGGUGUUUUUUGUUACUUUUAUGUACAGUUCAUUUCUCCCAUGUUUUUAUUUGAUUUUAUUAUGAAUCAGAUGUACUCUCUGUGAACGAUAAAGCUUAUUGUUACGAUUCAUGCUACAUAAACAUGUGUUUAUUGGGCUGUAUUAAAGGGAUUGAAGUGUGAAGGGUUUUGAGUUGGUGUUUUAUGAGGUACUUAUCCAAAGUCAGUGUAUACAGUAGAUGGCAUGUGACAGGUGGCACACACCCAGAAGCAGACAGGGGUACUGGGAUAGCAGCAAGCAAAGCAAAGUACCCUACUGCUGUGGACGGGGGCAGAGACAUACAGCCUCAUUUUAAAAUGGCCUACCUUAAAACAAUAUUACUAUGACCUUGCCAUGAGAAAAACAUUUUUCAAACUCAAUGGGCAAAAAAGCUUAAUUUGUUCUACUGUUUGCUGUCUGCAAGGUAUAGGGUUGAAACUAUUCUGAAUAGAAAGUUUGCCUUAACUGAUAUGGAUAUUUUUUGUGUGGGCCCUAUUUAGUUAGUUCACUAAUGCCCCCUACCACAGCAGUAGCUUAGUUAGCUGCUGUGCCCACAUCUGGUUUAUCCAAACUACUCUAGGUUACACACUGUAUGGAUAAGUACCUCAUACAACAACACUUCACAUCCAAACUAUUCCUUUAAAAUAGAUAUUUAAGAACCAAGUGUUUAGGAGGGUUGUGUCUUUAGACCCGCAUUCCAAAAACAAACGAGCUGAGUAAUUGAAUACACAGUGCGUGUGUGUAGUUUUAGCCUCAGACUUUUAACAUAGUGCAUGCAUGUUGAAGAUCCCUUUAAACAUUGCUCUUAUUUAAAAAGGGUUAGCUAGAAAAUUGUCAUCAGUGUUUUAGUGGUUAUUAGCUGAAUAUGGCUGACAAAAUCGGCAAGCGUCAGUUUUCUUUCAGUUGACAAGAUAGAUGGUCCUGACUAAAAAUGAGAGCAAUUGGGGCAAAGCAGUGUUCAUAGCUUUACCUUACAAUAUUGCCUCCAUAUGUGUUGGAUAGUGCUAUGUACUGUAUUAAGAGGUUGGGGAAAAGGGCAGACUCCAUGAUGAAACUUUCUGAUGUUUCCAAAACAUAGUAUAUGUUUGGUCAUUUUAGCUCUUUUUGUUAAAUGUUUGAUUUAGGUUUUUUACAUUGUUAAUAGUCUCUGUUCAAAGAGACUUGUGAUUCAUUGUACAUACUUGUGUGUUUUCAUGCUUAACCCCUCUGUGGAUGAACUGGAUCCUGUUGAUUCAGAGCUCAGAAGAAAAGUAUGCUGUCAUCUGUCAGGUAUUUAUUUAUUGUCAAAAGAGUGACUGCCACACUCGAAAGUUGAAGGAGCAUUACAUGAGGCUAAAACAUUCGUUUCUCUCCCAAGAGCUUAAUUGUUUUCUUUUGAAAUUGUUUUCUUUUGAAAAAUGACCCCAGGACAACAGGAGGGUUAAAUGAAUGCAAGUUUUGAUAUUUGAAUAGUUUGCUGUAUAUUUAUCCAACAGAUAUGGGUUGAACAGAAGAUUCAAGAUCUUUUAGGGACUGAGGCAUAGUUUUAACCAAUAGUUUGAAAACGAGAGAGUACGUUUUAAAUGUCAUCAGCAUAAAGGAGUAUGUUUACAUUUAAAAGGACAACAUUUGAUCUUUCAACUUCUUUAUUGGUGAUUCCAUUUCACUUGAAAGUAAGAUUGCCAAAUUCAGCAUUUCUGUUUGUGUUCACUCUUCUGCUUUUUUGGUCUCACUUCCAAAAACAGAUUUUUGUGGGGAUUUUGUGGCCAAAGAGAAAGACUCCCUUACAAAGUUUCCAUGAUAGGUUUUCAUUCCAGAAAAUAAAAGUACAGAACAUGCUGACAUAAUACCUCAACGCAACAACACACAAAUAGUGAACAUAAGGACAAAAUAUGUUUAUUUAUGCCUUCCAAAACUGUAACAAGCACUAUUUUAACAAAGAUUGAUAAAGAGAUCAUGGGGCGUUUUCUGAUAAGCCACCUCUGGAUAAGGUUUGCUUAGAUUCAGGAUCCGGCUAGGGAUUGGUAAAAAUGAUGGUCAUCAUUUCAACAAACUGUCAGUAGUCAAAGCUGCACCACCUUACUAUCUCUUAGUGACAUUUUCAACAUCAUCUUCGGUGAAUAGUCUUAUCUAUGGUUGUCAUAAAAAAGACAACUUGGCCAAACUUCUGUUUCAAAGUUCAGGAGUGAACUAUCAUGCUCAAUUUUGAGAGACAGUAUUGGUAGCAUGAUGACUCAUUGCGGGUUUGGUGUUAUGUUAUCCCUGCCUCUCUUUGUAACAGAUCGUUAUUUUAUUGAGGGUCCGGCUUUGGCUUUUAUGUUCUUUUUUAUGUUCAUUACCUUUUUCACCGUCUUAACCUCUCAUGUCAAAUAUGUUGUUCGAUCUUUACCUGAGGUAUAGAGUUUGUCUUGCCUUCCAUUUGGGUCUCUUGUUCUCUCGGUGUGAUAGCAAAUCUUGCUUUAUAGCGUGGGUUGUUGUAAGCACUUCUGAACUGACUAAUAACUACAGUAUUAGGCGCAGAUGUAUGAACCUGGUACAUCCUUUCAAAGUGUAAAUAUCUACUGUGUGUUUGUCUCUUAACAACGUAUUUUUACUGUCCGUAAAGCAGUGAAGAUGUAAGUGAUGUUGGUAACACAUGAUGCACACUGACUGUAAAUAAUGACAUUGUAAAUAAUAAUGAAGUUUGACUUUGCAAAUACAAACUGUACAGUUGAUGUGGUACAGUACUCAAAAUAUAUUUCUAUAUGCUGUAAUAUCUGAUGUCAGAGAUUAUUUGGAAUGCAAGAAUACAAAAUAAAACUAGUUGUUUUUCCUAAACUAUAGAUGAGGUUGUAGCCAGAUGAGCAGGGCAGUCAGUAGUUACACAUCUGUACGAACAGAAAUAACUAAACUGUUGGAUACAUUGUGAUGAAGGUGGUGCAAACAUUAGUGUCCUAAGAGGAUGACUACCCUGACUCUAAAGUGGUGCAGAGAUGUUGUUGGCUAACCUGGAAGUCAGCAUUGAAGAGGCGCCCUCGGCAGAAAAUAAGCUCUGUGGCAAACACACAUUAUGAUAGCUUCACAUUUUGUCCAGCAUGAUAAUCUCCACAUAUUAACGCAACUGUGUGUGCAAACACAAACGCCAGAAGUAAAAACCUAAUGUUAGGCUAUAAACAAACGACAUCAGGGAAUGUCUGCACAUUGCUAACGCUAGGCUAAAAACAGAUUUGUGUUGGCGUGAUGAUGUAUUUGAUGUCCCAAAACAAAACGUGAAAAUCUCUUGCUUGUUUGAACCACAGAUUGUUUCAGGCUUCUAAUCAAAAACAUUGACUUCAAGAGGAGAGAAUAUGCUACGUCAUUUCCGGGUUUUAGGACUCAUUCCUGCGCCUCUCUAUUCAUCUAGCUCAGUGACGUGAAGUCAGGGCACGCCACAGCUGUCAUGUUUCAAUUAAAAAGCUCUUACGAAAAGAAAAGAAAGACUUUACAGAUUAACAAACAGAGAUGACAGUGUUAACAGAUUAAUAUAACUACAUGAAAAUAAUGAAAAAACACAAGAUAGAAUGUGAAAUACAAAUAAAACAGAUACAAAUUAAACUAAAGAGAGUAUGAGUUUGAAACUGCAUUCAGCUAGAAAAUGUGAAUCUUGUACGUAAGUUACCUGUAGGCCUAUGUGUGUAAAGAUUUCCAAAAACAUAUGAUAAAAUAUAAAACAUACGAUUGCCUAACCAUUAGUCUAGACAUUGUGCAACCUCCUAAAUGAAUCCAACAGAUAUGUUGCAUGUUUAAAGACUGAUUAAGCUGCUGAUAAUGUGUUUACAUCAGAAAGGCCAGGAGUAUGCAUAUUCAUUAGAAGAAAGUUUCUUUCUGAAUGGUUGAAAUUCAUGUGAA